GGCACGCAUUUGUUCUCUUCUCUACGCCUUCGUAGAUUUCUAGAGUCUAGAGAGUGAGAGUAUAUCAAAGGUCUGUGAUUUUUCAUUGGCUAAUCUGCAACAUACUCUCUCUCGACAGUGAAAUCCAUUUCUGGCGCAGAUUGUCUCUGUUUGUCCUUGUUUCGUUGUCUGGUCGAAUCUGUUCUUCUGCAUGUUAGGGUUUUCGUUCGAGUUGUCUCCGAAUCUGUGGUGCUAUUCCAUUUACUGUCUAAAAAGUUCAUUGUCGUGUUGUUAGGGACUUUGGUGAUGGCUGCUACUGCUACUGCUCCUACAAUACGUUACGCACCUGAGGAUCCAAAUCUCCCUAAGCCAUGGAAAGGUCUUGUGGAUAGUAGAACUGGGUAUUUGUACUUUUGGAACCCAGAGACCAAUGUUACCCAGUACGAGAGACCAGCUUGUUCAGCUCCUCCGGUUAGCUCUCCGGUUCGAAGUCAGCAAGCUUCUUCUGGAUACUCCCGUGUCUGCAGUCCUGUAAAGGAGGAGGAAGAGUACAGCAGGGGCAGUGACGGACCUAAGUCUGACUCUGGAUCAAGGUUUACUGAGGCAAGCAGAAGUGGACCAAUGAAUGCUGCAUCUGGUGGAUCAUCUGCCAGAGGGCCUCCUUCUUCAGCUGCUGGAAACGAAUUGUCUCCAGAGGCCUAUUGCCGCCGUCAUGAAAUUACUGUCACUGGAGGCCAAGUACCACCACCGUUAAUGUCUUUUGAAGCCACUGGUUUCCCCCCGGAGCUUCUGCGGGAGGUAUACAGUGCAGGAUUCUCAGGUCCAACUCCAAUCCAAGCUCAGUCAUGGCCAAUUGCGAUGCAAAACAGAGACAUAGUUGCCAUCGCUAAAACAGGCUCUGGAAAAACUCUUGGUUACUUGAUUCCAGGCUUUAUGCAUCUCCAGCGUGUCCGCAAUGAUUCACGAAUGGGGCCAACGAUCUUGGUACUGUCACCUACUAGGGAGUUGGCCACACAAAUCCAAGCUGAAGCUGUGAAAUUUGGGAAGUCAUCAAGAAUUUCGUGUGCCUGUUUGUAUGGUGGAGCACCAAAGGGUCCUCAGCUGAAGGAAAUCGAGAGAGGUGUAGAUAUUAUUGUUGCCACUCCCGGGCGUUUGAAUGAUAUCCUUGAAAUGAGGAGAAUCACUCUACAUCAAGUAUCUUAUCUUGUGCUAGACGAGGCAGACAGGAUGCUGGACAUGGGGUUCGAGCCUCAGAUCAGGAAAAUUGUGAAUGAGGUUCCCACUAAGCGUCAGACCCUCAUGUACACGGCGACAUGGCCAAAAGAGGUCAGGAGAAUCGCAGAUGAUCUGCUUAACAACCCUGCCCAGGUCAACAUUGGUAACGUCGACGAGCUUGUGGCCAACAAGUCCAUUACUCAGACUAUUGAAGUGAUAGCACCGAUGGAGAAACAAAGAAGGCUAGAGCAGAUACUGCGGUCUCAGGAACCAGGUUCCAAGAUUAUAAUUUUCUGCUCGACGAAAAGGAUGUGUGAUACUCUCGCAAGGAACCUGACCCGCACGUUUGGAGCCGCUGCUAUUCAUGGAGACAAGUCUCAGGCAGAGAGAGACGAUGUACUGAGUCAAUUUAGAAGUGGCAGGACUCCUGUUCUUGUUGCAACCGAUGUAGCUGCUCGUGGACUUGAUGUUAAGGACGUCAGGGUGGUGGUGAACUAUGAUUUCCCAAAUGGAGUGGAGGAUUAUGUCCAUAGAAUCGGAAGAACCGGAAGAGCUGGAGCAACCGGUUUAGCUUACACCUUCUUCGGGGACCAGGAUGCAAAACAUGCUUCAGAUCUGAUCAAGAUCUUGGAAGGUGCAAACCAGAAAGUCCCUUCACAGGUCCGCGAGAUGGCUACACGCGGUGGUAGUGGGAUGAACAAAUUCCGCCGCUGGGGUACACCUUCUGGUGGUGGCGGCCGUGGAGGAGGUGGUGGCUAUGGUGACUCUGGUUAUGGUGGUCGUGGUGACUCUGGUUAUGGUGGUCGUGGUGGUUCGGGCUACGGUGGUCGUGGUGGUGAUUCUGGCGGUAGAGGAAGCUGGUCUUCUUCGCGUGACAGUGGUGGCUCGGGAUGGGGAAGAGAGAGAAGCCGUAGUCCUGAGAGGUUCAACAGAGGUCCACCGUCGACUUCUUCACCGCCGCGCAGCUUUCACGAGACUAUGAUGAUGAUGAAACAGAGGUAAACUAACUUAUUGGUUUUUUGGCCAGAUCGGGGUUUUAUAUAUAUAGUUUAUAUUAAUGAACCCCUUUCGGUUAAAUUAUUCAUUUUGCGAUGGUGUGUGGAGCGAAGCCGCUUAUGUACUUUGAACAUCACACACCUCAAGAAGAGAAUUAGGAUGUUUUGUUCUGUGGAGAUAAACCUAUUUUGUUUAUAUUAUUAAAUCAAAAAGACUCGUUA